AUGGGGUUGGACCAUGGCCGGCUUACUGGAAGUGUCAAGCAACAACUAGCAAAAUUGUUUGAAGGAUCGCUUAAAGUAUUAUUUCCUGAAGAAUCAAAUUUGGAGCCAUUAAUUGCUGUCUGCACUGCUAAAUUUGGUGAUUACCAAUGUAAUAAUGCAAUGAGCAUUUUUUCUAAGAUCAAAGGAAAAUCAGCAGCAUUUAAAAAUCCGAAUUCAGUUGGACAGGCCAUUUCCAGACAUUUACCUCCAUCGGAUAUUAUUGAGUCUACCUCUGUUGCAGGACCUGGGUUUGUGAACAUUGUUUUAUCUAGCAAAUGGGUGGCUCAGAACAUACAAAAUAUGCUCGUAAAUGGCAUUGAUGCAUGGGCGCCAAUUUUGUCGGUUAAGAGAGCGGUGGUCGAUUUCUCUUCUCCUAAUAUUGCCAAAGAAAUGCAUGUUGGCCACUUAAGAUCCACAAUUAUUGGGGACACGCUUUCUCGAAUGUUGGAAUUUUCAAAUGUUGAGGUUUUUCGACGAAACCAUGUUGGUGAUUGGGGAACUCAGUUUGGCAUGUUGAUUGAACAUUUAUUUGACAAGUUUCCCAACUGGGAGGAUGCUGAAGAUCAAGCCAUUGGAGAUCUGCAGGUAUGUUAA